GCGAGUGGUCCUCCUUUGCUGUUCUCUCUGGGGGUUUUUCUUCCUUUUCCUCGUUCCCUUCUUCCUCCUCAUUUCCUCGAGGGAAGCAAAGAGUUUUUCCAUCUCUCGUCCGGAGAAGAUAAUGAACUCCACUCACCAGGAAGAGAAACAUCCCGAAUUUCCUUGACGAAUACUCACUGAAUCCGGGGAAAUGGAACACUGCCAGCUCCUCCAUCAAAGUACAAGGAAUUCCCGGUAAGAGACUGGGAAUACCGGUAUUCCUAAUCAACCAGAGCAGGGAUUACAGCCAGGGAACAGGUGGGAUCUUGGUGAGAGAGCUGGACCUGGACUAAUGCUCCCACUGUCGGAUAGAGACUCAGCUGAUCCCUCCUCUUCUAGAUAGGAGCGUCGGGAUUCAGGAAGUCCACACGGACACRUCCCAACACAUUGACUGUGUCCUAUUAUCCCACUCUUUUAUUCCAGCUGGUAAGACUGUUUGCUUACUGGGAGGACAGCGUCGGCUUAACUGCUUGAGUGUGGUCGGACUGUACCGUGUGUGUGUGUGUGUGUGUGUCUGAGACUAUUUGGUGCCCCAGAGGAAGAUGCCUGCCAUUCUGCUGGCCUCUAAGAUGAAGUCGGGACUGCCCAAGCCGGUGCACAGCGCUCUGCCCAUUCCACAGGUGCCCUCGCGCCCCCUGACCCUGCCCCUACCACUGCCCGUGCCCCUCAAGCCCCCCGACAGACACGUUCUCACGGUGGGCCCCCAGGGGGUCUGGGGAGCCCCCAAAACCAGGAGCGCUCCAGCGACAGACGGUGGUAUUGACACUCAGAUCUAUACGGAUUGGGCCAACCACUACCUAGCCAAGUCAGGACACAAGCGACUUAUCAAGGACCUGCAGACAGACGUCACGGARGGAGUGCUGCUGGCGGAGAUCAUACAGGUUGUCGCCAAUGAGAAGAUUGAAGACAUCAAUGGCUGCCCUAAGACUCGUGCUCAGAUGAUUGAGAACAUUGAUGCCUGCCUCAGUUUCCUGGCAGCCAAAGGUGUCAACAUACAGGGCCUGUCUGCAGAAGAGAUCCGGAAUGGGAAUCUGAAGGCCAUUCUGGGGCUCUUCUUCAGCCUGUCUCGCUACAAGCAGCAGCAGGCCCACCGCCAGUACUCCCAGCCCCACCUUAACCCCCAGCCCCAGAGCCCUCAACCACCCCUGAGCCAGCAGACCAGUGCCCCUGCCCAGRUCAGRAGCCACCCUGRCCCCCCUACGCAUGAGACUCCGGCCCCCACAGCACAAGCAGCCCAGAAAACAGCACAGGCCGAGAUGCAGUCCAGGGAUGGGUCUCAGCGUAAACUGCUCGGGUUUUCCCUUGGUCAGAAAAAGUCCUCUAGACUUCCAGGCCCUAGUGCGAGGGUGUCCACUGCUGGCAGUGACAUCGCACCUCGCGGGUCGGUUGGCGCCGCCGGCAACCGGCGWAGUCAGGGCUUCACAGACAAGACCAAACCAGCCGCUCACAAAGAACCCUCAGAGGGCAUGACUUCACAGACUCCGGUAAUGACUGAGCAUGCUCCGUCGUCCKCAGCGGCCGUCAGCACUUCCGCCAACAGCGCCUCUACCUCGGCCCCCGUCCCUCCAGCCUCCUCCUCCUCGGCCAUCCCCCACCCCAACUCCAGCAGCAAGCCCUGGAGGAGUAAGUCUGUGAGCUCCAAGCACACCUCCUCCUCAGCCAUGCUCUCUGUCAAGCAGGAGAAGGAUGCCUCCUCGAAGGCCUCCUCGUCCACCGAGCCCCCCCCUAAAGUUYUCCAACAGAAGUCUAUGCUGGAGAAGCUCAAGCUGUUUAACAGCAAAGGUGGAUCUAAGUCCUCGUCCUCCAGCACUCAGGGGGCUCAGGCGGACUGCGGUGCCCCCGCCCGGCAGCUCGGGGCUGGUGGAGUGGAGAGGGCAGAAGCAGGGUCCAACACCGACUCCCUGGAGGAGGCGGAGGGGAACGCCCGUCCUGGCGCCAACGGGACRGGUAACGGGACGACCCACGGUGGUGCCCCAGCCCAUGUCCCUACCAUCGCCACAACAACCAGCAGCCCCAAGAUCGCACUGAGGGGAAUCGCUCAGCGCACGUUCAGCAGAGCUCUGACCGCUAAAAAGAGCUCAGUGAAAGGACUGGAGAAGGAGAAAGAGAAGGAGAGGGGGAAGGAAAAGGAAAGAGGGAAAGAGGCGGGGAAACACAUCUCCACCACAGAGAGGAUGGAACUCAGGGGGGAGGAGCCUAAGGAGGAAGCGACUACCACUGUCGCAAUGGAAACYGAACCCUCUUCCAAUAAGAGGACUUCUAAAAUCGCCUGUUUCAUACCCAAAGGGAGCAAAGUGGCCAAGAAGGAYAGUUCUGUCCCUGCACACAGCGGCAUACCAAAGCCAGGGGGUAAAACCUCAGGGGUAGGGGGGAAGGCGCCCUCGGCAGGGGGGAAGGAGGGUGGGGAGCGUCCCCGGAGCAUGCGGUUGGGAGGGGGUCUGGUCCUGCACCGCGGACACCUGGACAAGGACAGGGACAGCAGACARUCUAGCUCCACCUCRAGUCUGGCUUCUACAGAGGGCAAGGCCUCACAACAGGGCAAUUGCGCCGCCCCGGUGGUGGAAGGUGGAAGUGGUGGCGCUACACAGAGCACAGCCUGCAACACGGUCAGUGUCCAGCUACCUCAGCCUCAGCAGCACCACAGCCACCCCAAUACAGCCACCGUAGCACCCUUCAUGUACAGGUCACAAACGGACGUCGACGGUAUCAUGGCGACAGAGGCAGGGUCAGGAGGAAGGGGCGGAGAAAACGUUCCCUUUAAAACCAGCCAGCCAUCCAUUGAGGACCUUUCAGCAGAAGAUCCAGAGACACGGAGGCUGCGMACUGUUAAAAACAUUGCAGAUUUGCGCCAGAACCUGGAAGAGACUAUGUCCAGUCUACGGGGGACUCAGAUCACACACAGCACCUUGGAGACAACCUUUGACACAACGUCACCACGGAGAUCAGCGGUGGCGGCGGGAGUGGGCGGAGCAUCCUCAGCCUCACUUCCUCCCGGCCCUCCCUGUCGUCAUGGCGACUGGGCCAGUCCAGCCCCCGUCUGCAGGCGGGGGACGCCCCCUCCACGGGGAACGGCUACGGGGGUCGUGCCUUGGGGGGGAGGAGGAGGGCAGGGGGGCGGCUACUUGUACCCUGGCCCCCUGCGGAGACAGCUGGCCGGGCGGGGAGGUGCCCUCGGUAUGGAUCUGGGGGAGAGAGAGGAGGAUAUUGACCUGGAGGGCAUCGCCAUUGGUAGGUGACGGGCUACAUGAGUGACGGGGAUGUGCUGAGCAAGAACGCAGCUCGCCCUGAUGACGUCGC